AGGCUUUCCAUCUUGUUCGGUGUCUGUCGAAAACAGGUCCGAAAUGCCAGAAUACGCUCCAUUGUUUGCAACCAACAAGCAAGGUGGGCGGAAGCCCAUCCUUAUUGGUAUGGCGCUGGUAGCGCUGGUCGUCUUCAUCACUCUAGUUUCUACGGGGUCGAUUCCUACUCCAAAGGCUUCAGGACGCGAGACGCAGGAGGUGCGAGUGCCCGAGAGCGGGGACAUGAAGAAACCUGUGGACUUGCCAAAAGUGGUCGAUCCGCCAGUAAUGUCCGCCGUGCCGGCGCAUCCACAUCCGGAGGAUGAAAAAGGAGAGAAACUAAAAAGUCCGGCGAAACCGGGAACAGGGAACGAGGCCCUACUGGCUCCGCAUCCAAAGCAAAGGCCGGAAGGUUCAGCACAUUUGGAGGAACAAAAGCCUCCCAAGGGAAACAGUAAUGGGGAGAGUACAAAGCAGCACCAUCACGGAGCUGGGCAAGAACACGAGGACGAUGAGGAAGAAGAUCACGAAAUGAUGCACGGGGAACCGGGAGUCGCCAACCCAGUUUCUGGAAUAUUUGGCGAAGUCGAUCGCUUUGCAGACCAUGUUGCCUUGCAAGCUGAAUGGUCAUCGGUUCUCGCUAAUGUCCACUUUGAGGUCGAUGCAAAGAGCCAUCCCCCCGUAUUCAUCGCAAAACACGAGACACAAAAAUCAUCCCACGCAGUGCAGGACGACCUAUUUGCAUCCGAAAAGUCCAUUCAGGCAGUCCUCACUCGGGCCUUGUCGGAUGCGCUAGAAAUGAACGACCCGGCUCUGUAUGUCGACGUGGGUUGCAGUCGUUCUCCCCUUGGACAUGCAUAUUCCGUCAUGUUGGCCGGCGUCCGCGGUGCGAGUAGCAUACACUGUCUUCUCUCACCUUCCGAAUACCAAGGCGUCUCACCGAUUAUCGCCAUGUCAGCCCGUCUGAACCUGGUGGACGACAAGCUCUGGGUCCAUGCUUCAAACAUUUUGGAUCCUAAAGAGAAUGUGACUAGUUUCGACGACCUCGCACUUCCACCGGGUCCCAUAGCUGUCCUCCGCAUCCCCGCACUUGAAAUCUCGAAAUUGACGACCCUCCUCACUAGUUCACCACGGACACUCGAAACCCGAUUAACACGGCAUAUUAUCGUCGACCUCCCUACAACCGAACCAAUGUCUCAAGACGAACUGAUAAAAUUCCUUGAAGCUAUGCAUACGGCAGGAUAUGAUCUCCACUUUCUCCCAUCGACAAGCACGUAUACACACGUGGCUGUGGCGUCCUUUCUCGGGUCGGAAUAUUCUGCAAAGCAUCUUGACACAGAGUUUAUCUAUGUCCCCAAACAAGAUUUUGAUUUAGUUAAAAGAGUGCUAGAGGACGGUGGUGUGGGCGGUGCGGUGAGGGUGUGGUGGGUUAGAAGGGAGGAUGAAACUGUGAAAAAGUUGAUGAAAACGAGGCACCACCAUCAUUAGGAGUUUUCUGAAUCAGCGUGUACAUAGUAUGAAAGUGUAAGUGCUGUAAAUUACGUGUGUGCAUAGAUGGAUUAUUUUGGAAUGUACAAAAAAAAGAACAAAGUAAAGAAAGUCUUUUACAUUUAUCCCUCA